AUGUUCUACGGUCUAUCCUUAUCCCAUCCUUACCUACUCUUACCUCCUAAACCUCAGUCCCAACAGCAGUGCCCACCCUUCUCAAUCCACCCCCUCCUCCCACCAGACUACAUCGAAGCCUUCACCCUGGCAGACACCGCGUUCGCAACCCUCAACAGCCUACUCUUCACAACAUACCCCCCGUCUCCCGAAUCACAGCGCAUACUCACUGAUACACGCCUCAAAGCACUCGCGGCAACGCAGGCAAUCAUGUUCAAGGCCGUUGAUAACCACACUGGACGGAUCGUGGGGGUUGCGCGAUGGACUGUUUCCGCAGGAGAGAAUGUCGAGAAUACUCUGGACGAGGCAGUCGAGGAGAUUCUGGCGCGGUCUAUACCUGAGACGAACGAGGCUUGUGCGCGGGGCUUCUAUAGUAUGGCUUGGAAUGCGCGGCGGGAGAUUCUAGGGAUUCCCGAUGAAGAGGGGAAUGUGGUGAAAUUGGCUCCCCGGGUCGAGUUGGAGACGCUCUUCGUGCAUCCGGAGUAUAAAAGAGAGGGGGUUGCGAGGGCGUUGCUGCAGUGGGGGAUUGAAGAGGCGAGACGGCUUAGGGUGGUUGUUUAUGCUGAGGUGGCGGAGGGGAGGCCGGUGUAUGAACAGGCUGGGUUUGAGGCUGUCAAGACGGUUGAUUUUGAUGCGCAGGGGUUUGGGGGUGUUGGUACGCAUCGGUAUACAUUCAUGCUUCGGAGACCGAGCGAAUAG